AUGGCAACCCCGGAUGUGAGUGUCCACAUGGAGGAGGUGGUGGUGGUCACAACGCCAGACACCGCAGUGGACGGGAGUGGUGUGGAGGAGGUGAAGACUGUGCUGGUGACGACCGACCUGGCCCCUCACGGGGGCGAGCUGGCGGAGGACAGCAUGGAGACGGAAAACGCAGCAGCGGCUGCGGCGGCUGCUUUCACAGCGUCCUCACAGCUCAAGGAGGCCGUGUUAGUGAAGGUGGCUGAAGAAGAGGAGAGCCUGGAGGCUGAAAUCGUGUACCCCAUCACCUGCGGAGACAGCAGAGCCAACCUGAUUUGGAGGAAGUUUGUGUGCCCGGGCAUCAAUGUGAAGUGUGUCCAGUAUGAUGAGCAUGUGAUCAGCCCAAAGGAGUUUGUGCACCUGGCCGGCAAGUCCACCCUGAAGGACUGGAAGAGGGCCAUCCGCAUGAAUGGCAUCAUGCUCAGGAAGAUCAUGGACUCCGGGGAGCUGGACUUUUAUCAGCACGAUAAGGUCUGCUCCAACACCUGCCGCAGCACCAAGAUCGACCUCUCAGGCGCCCGCGUGUCCCUGAGCAGCCCCACCUCGGCCGAGUACAUUCCACUCACGCCUGCCACGGCCGACGUGAAUGGGUCUCCCGCUACCAUCACCAUAGAGACCUGCGAGGAUCCCGGUGACUGGACCACGGCCAUCGGAGAUGACACCUUUUCCUUCUGGCGAGGGCUCAAGGAUGCGGGUCUGCUGGAUGAGGUCAUACAGGAGUUCCACCAGGAGCUGAUGGAGACCAUGAAAGGCCUGCAGCAGCGGGUCCAGGACCCUCCCCUGCAGCUCCGAGAUGCUGUCCUCCUCAACAACAUCGUGCAGAACUUCGGCAUGCUGGACCUGGUGAAGAAGGUGCUGGCCAGCCACAAGUGCCAGAUGGACCGCUCGCGGGAGCAGUACGCCCGAGACCUGGCAGCCCUGGAGCAGCAGUGUGAUGAGCACCGCCGUCGGGCCAAGGAGCUCAAGCACAAAUCUCAGCACCUCAGCAACGUGCUCAUGACGCUGACGCCCGUCUCCCUGCCGCCCCCCACGAAGCGGCCCCGGCUGGCAAGGGCCACGUCCGGGCCAGCUGCCAUAGCCUCGCAGGUGCUCACCCAGUCUGCCCAGAUCGCCCUCAGCCCCGGCGUGCCCGUCUCCCAGCUGACUGGCGUGCCGCUCGGCAAAGUGGUGUCCACCCUGCCCUCCCCCGUGCUGGGCAAGGGCCCCCCCCAGGCUGCUCCUGCCAGCUCCCCUGCCUCGCCACUGCUAGGGGGCUACACGGUGCUGGCCUCGUCGGGCGCCACCUUCCCUGGCACGGUGGAGAUCCACCCGGACGCGUCCAGCCUCACGGUCCUGAGCACGGCCGCCAUGCAGGACGGCAGCACUGUGGUCAAGGUGGUGAGUCCCCUGCAGCUGCUCACCUUGCCAGGCCUGGGCCCCACCCUGCAGAACGUGGCCCAGGUGUCACCUGGGGGCAGCACCAUCGUGACAGUGCCCACGGGGGCCGUCGAGAGCGCCAUGGCCGCCUCGGGGCCCGAGGAGCACGCAGCCACCAUCGAGGUGGCCGCCAUGGCGGAGGGCCAUGAGCACAAGUAGACGCUGGUGGAGGGCGAGGCCCCUCGUGGGCACAGGGCUGGCCGCCUCUCCUCAAACCGUGGCUGGGCGGGAGCACAUAGCCCCGGCGCCCCGCGGGUCACGUUGGGCUGAACCAAAGAGCGGAAACACCAAAACAGACGAGGAGCAAAAGGGAUCUCAGACGACAGACCUGUGCAGCCAGCCUCGCUCUCGCACUUCCUCCCCC